ACAAUGAGCCCGUCCUCCUAUAGCUCCUUUGACCAGCCUCCUCUGGUGUAGCUGCAAAGGCUUCAAUGUGGGCACAAUCAGAAUGUUGAUAAGAUCAGGACAAAUUAAGCAUGUUAGCUUCAUAGCCUCAGAUGUAAACGAGGCUUUUGGCUACGCACGGGCACAGAUGACCACGUCCGGAGUCUGAGCGCACUCCCAUUGGCUAAGCGAGCGCAACGUGUACAUUACAGCAGCGACAGGUACCUCACAUGCGACAGUUAUCUUUCAUCCUUGGAGCAGAACGACAGACGCAUCUUCCACUCAACCGAAACUUUAAUUCUGAGGAUAUUAUUGAUGUUUCACGGUGAAAACUAUUCUUCUACAUACACAGGCAUCUUACUUUCAUUUUUAAAGCUUUUGGCAGUGUGAGGAAGAGAGGUAACUGAAUCAGGCUGAAGGAUGAAGUCUAAAGGGAAGGCCGCUAAGUCAUCCAGAAAACCCUGGACUGAGCCAGACCCCGAACCAGAGACCAGUGACACCAGUGAACCAGGCUCUAGCGAACAGGAGGGCUCUGAGGCGUCGGUCCGUAUCGGAGGCUCCUGGAGGGGGGUCCUGAGGGGCGGGGACCGCGAGCAAGGUAGAGGAGAAGGGGGUGCCACCCACAACCCCCACAGAUGCCGACGGUCUCACAACAGCAACAAAGAACGCAACGUCCGGCGGCUGGAGAGCAACGAGCGGGAGCGCCAGCGCAUGCACAAACUUAACAACGCUUUCCAGGCCCUCAGAGAGGCCAUCCCGCAUGUCAAAAUGGAUAAGAAGCUCUCCAAGAUCGAGACGCUGACGCUGGCUGAGAACUACAUCAAGUCCCUGACCACCAUCAUCCUGGGGAUGUCCAGCGCCCGCCUGCCCCCCGGGGAGACACCGACAGAGGCUAGCGCUGCCAGACUGCUCCAGUGUUACCAGCAGCACCUGGAGGAGGAUGGGGAGGAGAGCCUGUCUCAGUUCCUCACCCAGAUUCACAGCUUUAGCCAGGAAAGCUAACAGCUAGCAGGUGCUAACUCCACAGCCGAAGGGUUGGAGCAUCCAUGCUUGACUUGGGGAGCGAAUCUCAACUGACACCCUAUCUCCCAUAUUGUGCAUUGCUACUGUACUUAUGACCAAAAGUAGUACACUGAAUGGGGAAAGGGUGUCAUCUGAGAUGCAGCCUUAUACUCCACCAAGCUAGUGAGCUAUAGUGACAUACCUGACAUCACCAUGCACUAAAUGGAGCAUACAAGAACUUGACUCAGUAACUCUAUGAGACAGUGGUGGGAGGUGAUUCUUAGCACCAUACCCUUGACAUUAACUCUAAGAAACAUAAUGGUGGAGUAUAAGUGAAGACAGACAGACAGCAUCCUCCCACCUGACUGGCUGGCUGAAGCAAAGCACCUGUGGACUUUGCCAGUCUAGACAUAGGCCUAGCAUGAAUAGUGACAGACGGUCCUCUGGGUAUUCUAUGAUAAAACAUAUCACUUGGAGUCUGACUCUGAUUGGUGGUGAGAACCAAGAGUGGACAGACUUCUGACCGACCAAAGUCGAAGAACAUUCCAGCGCCAUUUAAUCUGUUUCAUUUCACUGUCUUUUAUUUUCAUGAAUUUUUCUAACUGCUGAUUACUGUAGUUAAUUGGUCAAAAAUGUAAAAUAACUGAUUGUCAAAGUAUAGUUCAUUCUCUACCUAAAAAACAGCAUACACUGUGGCCCUCAGGGGCCGCAAGCUGUGUAGACCCCUGCUGUAGAUGAAGACUUGUUUUCAACCUUUUAGGACCAAUAUUUGUUUUCCCUGCUGAGCACUGCCUCUGGACACAACAGUCACAUAGAGGACAAGGAUAUGCUUACCUAGACUGGUCCUACAGACUUUAGUCAAAUACUGCACUCUUUAAGUAAGGAAAAGAAAACACACCAUCAUUUAAAUCAAGUGUGAAUCGUUAUGACUGUAGAUACAUAUAUGUAUACUGUAUAUAGGUGGGGAAAACAGUUUGAAGGGUUGAAGCAGGGAAUUGAACCCAUGCCUUCGGUGGGGAAGCCGGCAGAGUUACCACUAGACCCACAGGCUCUGCAGAGAUAUAUAUUUGUACGUGUCAGAAUUGAUGUGUUGACCAUCUCCAAACUGCAAUGGUAUCUUGUAAGUGUAUUUACAGAUCUGUAAAAUGGUCCUUCCAACGGCAGGAUAGUGGGUUCGAUUCCCGGGAUCACGUGGAUGUAAAACGUAUGCAUGCCGGACUGUAAGGCACUUUGGAUAAAAGCUCUGGGUUAUUUUAUAAAAACAGUGGUGUGUGUAACAGGUGAAUUUGAUAUUGAAGACAUAUUUAUGUUGCUCUUACAAUGUGUGUUUGAAUUAUACUGUAAUAUAUUUGUAGCCUGAGUUCUGAGUCUUGGAUCAUGAGAGUUUUGGAUCAUGAGAAUAAAAUAAAUACAAUAAUCUUCCUUA